UAAAGAACAAAUAAAUAAAAUCGAAGAGAGUGAAAAUGAACUACUUGAACAAAUUAGCGUGCACAUGCAAAAUAUCAAAGAUUUCGUGAGAAAUAAAGAUGCAUUUGACAAGCCGACAAAGCAAGAUCUUAUCGGUAAAGAAAUUAGGAAUGCAAGUCUUAAUCCUGAUGAUUUUAUUCCUGAAGACGAAACAUCAAUUCGUGGUAAAGUUCGAAAAUAUCAUUACAAGCUUUUUGGCGAGGAGGUAGCACUUAAGAAAUUAGAAAUUGGGUCAGGAGCAAAACAAAAAGUGCCAAAUACACUUGAACUUCAAAUUGGCAUCUUGAAAACUAUUAAUGAAUCACGGGACAUUAUUAAAUACAUCGGCCUUGUUACAAUUAAUUCUCAGAAAUUUCUCGUUACUGAAUGGGCUGAAUAUGGAACAUUGCGUGAAUAUUAUGAAAUGAAAAAUCCAGAUAUCUCUAUCAGAGCGAGACUUGCUUUGGAAAUUGCAC